GGCCUGAGCUUCGCUGUCUGUGCUUCAACAAGGUAAGUGGAUAAAAAGAUUGAGAGAGAUCAGAUGAAUUGUUCCCGUCAAGUACAAGUUUAAGUAUUCUGCCAACAGUUAAGAACGCUGUUUAACAUAUUGAGUUUGAGAUGUAACUGAUUGAUCUGUGGCGUGUUACAACUGUAUUUAAGAUCUUUAGAAAUGACCAGAUUAACAGAUUUAUCCUCUUUUGGAGGUUCAAUGAAUGUAUUGUUGUAAUUUCAGGAAUGUAAAAUGAAAGCCUCUUUAACUUUACGUAUUUCUCAAUAAUAUUAAAUACUCAAGACCUUUAGUCAAUAAAAAACAAACCUCUUUAAGUGUUUACUACAUUACAGCCCAAAUACUCAUCAGAUUCUGCUUCAAAUGUUGCUAAACUCUGAUUGGUGCACAGACAUACGAGACAUCUGCUUCUCUAAAUCGGCCGUGCCCGCUUCAAAUCAGCGAGAAAAAGAAAUGUAGAAAUCUAAAAUAACCAAAAAACAGACGAUGGUUUGUUCGAGCACAGUAGGAACCCAUCAUCCGGUGCCUUUAAAACAAUAUAUUUACGAUAAGCUUCCAGGAAAAUCAGUGAGUAUUUACCAUGAAAUACCGUCCCUCCCCCACACAACAGCAAACAUUGGGUAACCCAAAUGAACAAUGCUGCACUUUUUAACUUUUGUCCUAGUUCACGAUGAUGCAUGCAGCUGUGGGUGUCUGGAUCUUAUCAGCAGUGAUCUGCGUGGGAAGAGGGGAUCAUCAUUUUGGUCAUAGUCAAGGAGACCACGACACCGCACUCGAUGGCAGCGCUACCAGCUUCUCACUGGUGUCUUCAGCAAACAAAGAGUUUGCUUUCCGUCUGUACAGCAAGUUAGCAGCUCAUGCUGACUCAGUGGGUAAGAAUAUCUUCUUCUCCCCGGUCAGUGUGUCUCACGCCUUGGCUGCGUUGUCCGUAGGAGCUCGUGGGGAGACCCACCGUCAGCUUUUCAGUGGUUUGGGUUUCAACAACUCCCUACUGACGCAGACAGAUGUAGAUCAAGCCUUCCACAUGCUCUUUGGAGCGUCGAACAAUGAAUCUCAGCAAGACAGCAAUCAAGGGUCCGCAGUGUUCAUGGACCAACACUUCAAAGUACAGUUUGAGUUCCUGGAGACCUUGAAGCAGUCCUACUCUGCAGAUGCGUUAGUUGUCGACUUCACCAACGCCACAGACAGUGCCAAUACCAUCAAUAAGUACGUGGCGGAGAAGACCAACGGGAAGAUAGACAAGCUGGUCGAGAGUCUGGAUCCAAGCACAGUCAUGUAUCUCCUCAGCUACAUCUACUACAAAGGAAAGUGGGCGACUCCAUUUGAUGCUAAGCGCACUAAGGAGGACACCUUCAUGGUGGACGACAGCACCGAGGUUCCGGUCCAGAUGAUGAAUAUGGAGGAGCGUUUGGAUACCUAUUACGACCAGGGCAUUAACACAUCAGUCCUCAACCUGCCCUUCAACAGCACCUACUCCAUGCUGCUGAUGUUGCCCGACGACAUGGCAACACUGGAGAACGUUAUCUGCCCGGGCCAUGUCACCAAAUGGUUGAAAUGGAUGAAGCCCAGGAAAUAUAAUAUAUAUCUUCCAAAGUUCUCCAUCAAGACUUCCUACAGACUGAAUGAUGUGAUGACUGAAAUGGGAAUGACAGACAUGUUUGGUGAUCGUGCAGAUUUGAGUGGCAUUUCAGAGGGGCAAAAACUGGUAGUCUCAGACGUUGUGCACCAAGCUACCCUGGAUGUCGAUGAGGCCGGUGCCACCGCUGCAGCUGUUACAGGCAUUGGCAUCACACCUUUGUCCUUCCAGAGAGUCCCUGUCUUGAAGUUCAAUCAUCCAUUUAUGGUUGCCAUCAUUGAACGCAACACAAAAAACAUCCUCUUCUUGGGCAAGAUCAUCAACCCAAACAUCUAAUGGAAUGAGCACUUUGUGUUUGCUCAAGCACAGCUGUUGCUUCGCAUAUAAAAUACAAAAAUAUAAAAUUGGUCUCCUUCUUCUUGUGGAGUGUGUAGCAAAAUGUUUGUUUUUGUACUAGUCUGUGAAAG